AACAGCGACGACAAACACUCCGCGGAGCAUCAAGAGCCGGUGAACUGACCCGUCUACCAGACAAUAACUGAGAAACUGAACGAUCCCUGCAGUCUAACAUCAGCUCAGCAUCAGGAACACUGGACAAGUUCAAUAUCUUCGAUUUGAAUGGACACGGCAGCCGGAAGAACACAGCCCAGCUAGUGAAGCCCAUUAAAGGUUCAGUGAUGCCUGUGAAGAAGAAGAGGAAGCUCCCUGACGCAGACGAUCACGAGCGCAGGUGUAAAAUCACAAGUUUCACUCGACCUCAGAUCCGCGGUGCCAGACCGAUCUCCGGUGAGAAGCCGUUCUCCAGUAAAAAGUGCCUCGGCUGGUUCAAUGAGUACGCCGGCCCCAGCGAGGUGGUCGGGCCCGAGGCCAUGGAGAAGUUCUGUGAAGAUAUCGGAGUGGAACCAGAGAACAUUAUCAUGUUAGUUUUAGCCUGGCACCUAGAAGCAGCAAAUAUGGGUUUCUUCACAAAAGAGGAGUGGCUCAGGGGAAUGACGUUAUUACAGUGUGACUGCACACAGAGGUUACAGAGCAAACUGGAUUACCUGCGCAGUGAGCUCAAUGACUCUGUAGCCUUCAAAAACAUCUACAGAUAUGCCUUCGACUUCGCCAGGGAUAAGGACCAGAGGAGCCUGGACAUGGAUACUGCUAAAUCCAUGCUGGCCUUGCUGCUGGGCAGAGCGUGGCCUCUCUUCCCAGUCUUCCACCAGUUCCUGGAGCAGUCCAAGUACAAAGGGAUGAAUAAGGACCAGUGGUACAACGUCCUGGAGUUCAGCAGAACCAUCAACACAGACCUCAGUAACUACGAUGAAGACGGAGCUUGGCCGGUGCUGCUAGACGAGUUUGUUGAAUGGCAGAAAACUUGGCCGGCGUUGUAGCAGACGACCCCAAAGAGGAGAAAGAGGGAGAGGAAACAAACACAAUCACAGGAGUUUUGAAACGGGGAGAAAAAAAGGAGAAACUGCUCACCAACACUUUGACAGACUGCAACAGUUCACACACACACACACACACAGAUAUGGACUACAGAUUCAUCACUGUGGACUCUGGACACACUCACAUCCCAUCGGAGAUCGUCUCUGUGCAUCCUCAGCCUUUCUCUCCCUGAGUAGACUUUCUAUAUUAAUUUGGAGAAAAGAGGAAAGAAAAUGUGGAUGGGAGGGAGGAAGAGGAAAAAAAAAAAAGUUCUUAAAAGGAAGAAAACAGAAAACCAAGAAAUGAGUUCUGGAAUUUAUGUUUUCUUGAUGAUUUUUUUUUCCUCAUUUUGAGUAUUGUUUAUAAAUGUUUCACAAUAAUAAAAAGGAAAUUAAAGUAUGA